UUUUUGGGAGCAUCAUAGUAGAAAAAUGAAUGGUAAAACAUUAAAAUAAUGUAAAUAUAAAAGCAGUUAGUGUGCGGGCUGUAGUGAUAUGGCAAGUACUGUAUUUUUAACAUAGCAAGAUAUUUUAAUAUGCUUAGUACAGACUUAAGGCACGUUCACAACAAGAACGGUAAGUGUAAUGGUAAUAAUACAGACAUAUAGUUCUAAAAAUCGUUCUAAAUAUAAAAGAAUAGCAGAGUUCACACCACAACUAACACGAUGACGGCACAGAGAAACUAUAUCUUUGGAAUCGCUUUCAGAAAUAUUUUUUUUCUAGCUGAUGAAUGAUGAAAACAUUGACAGCCAAUCAGAAUCCAUCCUGCUUUAAGAGCGCGAGCAUUUAAAGCUGCAGACUACAUAUCGGCAGCGCGCGCUUAUUGUAAACAGAACGAUACCGUCUGCUGGUGUGAACGCUAAUGUAGUUAUCGUUAUAGCUAUCUUUAUAGUUGUUGUUCUUUGUGUGAACGGACCUUUAUUCUAAAUAACCAGUAAAUAUUCUCUUUAUUUAGUCAUACAUGUAUUUGGAAUUUCAUAACCACUUUGUUUUUUUAUUAAACUCUACCUGUGCAUUACUCUGCUUUUUGUAGAUGAACAGUGUGUAUCUUUCAGCUACAAUCAUACAGUAUUUCUCAAAUGAAUCAUCUGCAUUGUGGAGCAGUUAAUGUGGGCCUUAGUUACCACACCCAAACCCUAUGGCAAGCUGUUUUAGCUUAAAAUGUUCCCAGUGUUACUUGUAGUAAUUGCAUUUUUACAAGUAAGAAUUCAAUUCUUAUUAGUAACAUUAUGAUUAGAGAGCUCUGCAACAGGGUUGCCAGGUUUUCACAACAAAACCACCCAAUUGCUACUCAAAACUAGCCCAAUCGCAUUUCAUGGGGGUCCUACAGUAAAAAUUGCGUAUUUGGUGGGGUUCCCCUGGUAAAAUUUGCAUUCCAGGGGCUAAAUAUCAUGUUAUUUUGGGUCGCUUCAACACGCAGACAUGAGAAAUAACCCACAGCAACAGUGUAAAAGUAGCCUAAUUCCGUGGGAAAACAGCGGACUUGGCAACACUGCUCUGCAAUUGCAUUUUUUUUCUAGUAAGUAUUGAAUUUUCUAGUAAGUAUUGAAGAGCUCUCUAAUUGGAAUUCUUUCUAGUAACAAUUGAAUUGUAGAGCUCUGUAAUUAAAAAUGAAUGGAAGUCAAUGGAGACAUGACUAGUAAAAACUCAUUUGUAGAGCUCUGUAAUUGAAAUUGUUACUAGUAAGAACUGAAUUAGAGAGCUCUGUAAUUGUAAUUCUUACUAGUAAUUGAAUUAGAGAGCUCUCUAAUCAUAAUUGUUACUGGUAAGAAUUGAAUUGUAGAGCUCUAAUUGUAUUCUUAAGCCUGGUACCCCGGGACGAUUAUCGCGCUCGAUUAUCGCCAGCAUUUUUCGAGACUAUUUUCGUGUUCAUACCCAAGCAAUUUUCACUGGCGAUGCGCCGAGUGAACGUGCAAAUUCACUCCCUGACAGUAUAUGGUGCUUGUGCUGAACGGUAGUGGAAAUAAACAUAUUUAUGAUAUUAAUAAAAUUAAAGAAGAUAAAAAUACAGAUAUAAAAUGGCAUAUACAUGACAUGAGGAGAUGGUAGUCAGAAACGGUAGUGCAAGUAAGUCACAAUGACAGUAGUGCAAGUGAACGGUAGUGCAAAUAAACAUAUUUAGGGAAUAGACAUUCUCAUCUAUAUUUCUUGAACGUAAAAGAAAAAUGUAAAAGUAUUUUACUGUAACUUCAGCAGCUCCAGGCACCAAUCUCAUUGGUCGGCCAGUUUUUAACGCGGUGCGUCAAACCAAAAAAAACGAACCCGAAGUUUGAAGUUUUUUUUUAAAAAAAUGACGCUUUUACGCCUGCCGUUUUUCGCAUUGGUAUGCACACUCACAUUGGCGCCCUUUGUUUAGUCACAAGGUGUUAAACGUCAGCGAUAAUUGUGCGCGAUAUUCGUCCGGGUGUGUACAGGCCUUUACUUGUAAAAAUGCAAUUACGACAAGUAACACUGGGAACAUUUUAAGCUAAAACGGCUUGCCAUACAAACCCUAACCAACCUAACAGUGUUUUGUGUGGCCUUUCUGAUCGCAGUGGCUCUUUUAACCCAAAUAAAAUCCCUGCACUUACUCUAUAAUACAAUACAAUAAAACUGUUGAUAUGAACAAACCUGAAACAUUUCACAAUAUUACUGUUUUUACUGUAUUUUUCACUAAACAAGUUCACCCUUGUUGAUCAUAAGAUACUUCUUUUUAAAAAACAUUAAAAAAAAUCUUAAUUAUUCCAAACUUUAGACCGCCAGUGUAUACUUGCUAUAUCCAGAAUGGCUAACAUAUUGGCCUUCAGAGGCGACCGUGUGCAGAGGACACAGUGAGUGUAUGUGCAUGUGAGUUUUCACUUCUCUGAGCGCAGAAAGUGAAAUCACGCUGAAUGAGUGUCAGCUGACUUUGGUCACAGGACUUUAGGGAGAGCAUCUCACAAAAACACACCCGAGCAUUCACAGUGCAAGACUUCAGAGGCACUAACCCACUCUAACCACCUCUGAACUACUAACAAAUGUUUCUUCUCUAUAUUUCUGUGUAACUAAUCCAGCUUCACCAGAUGAUGUUCAUCUCCUUUUCCUUUGUUAAUGCUGAGCCUGUCGUUUUGGUGUCUGCAUGAGGAAAUAAGAGCGUUGCUUUUGUUCAGUUUUGAUGUGCAUCCUCUCCUCAGUGUGUUUACCUGUGUGUGUAGCUUGACAUUUAAGCUCCAUGUUUUAUGUGUUAGUGAUUCUUCAUGUUGGUGACCUCAGUAAGUGAAUUUCUUCUGACCGGCCCUAUGUGAGGGCAGUAUGUGGUGGUUUCAGCGGGGGCUGUGUGCUCUCCCGGUGGCUCUGGUUAUCUGGUCAUCCACUACGUUCCUCAUCUCUUAUGCCACAGCGGUCGUGUUGGGCCAUGCCGACCUGCUCAUUCCAUACAUAAGUGACACGGGCACCGAGGUUCCUGAACGCUGUGUGUUUGGCUUCAUGCUGUCAAUCUCAGCUUUCUUAGGGUUGGGCACCAUGUAUGUUCGAUAUAAACAAGUUCAGGCAUUGAUUUCGGCCUCUGAGUCGGGCUUACAGCUGCUGAACUUCACAGGCCUCCUGAUGGGCAUUUUCAGCACUGUAGGGAUGUGUGUUGUGGCCAACUUCCAGAAAACAGAUAUGAUGUCCAUCCACCUUUUGGGGGCAGGGCUGACCUUCGGCCCUGGGACAUUGUAUAUCCUGGUUCAGACCGGCAUGUCAUACCGCAUGCAGCCGCGUUUCCACGGCAGAGAUAUUCUAUGGGCACGUAUGGCUGUGGGAAUGUGGACGCUCGUUAGCAUAAUUACACUUUUCAUAUCCUCUGUGUUAAUGUAUGAUGACCUGCCUGGUGUGGAUGUUGCUAAUAAGUUACAUUGGCGGCCAGGAGAGAGAGGUUUUAUACCGCAUCAGGUCAGUGCUGCAGCCGAGUGGUCUCUGGCAUUCUCCUUCAUCUGCUUUUUCCUCACAUACAAACGUGAUUUCCAGAAAAUCACUCUGCGGGUUCAGCCUGUACUUCAGAGUAAUCAUCUCUACGAUUAUUCUCGCUAUGAGGAGAGAGAGCACGUGCAACAUGGAGAGCGCUCUCCUCUACUGGCUGGCACCAUAUGAGACACUCUGCCACCUUGCGUCUGACAUCGAACACUGCAGUCGGCAUUCAGUGGAGGUCACAAAUCUGAAUAUUCCCAGAGACUUUUCAUGUUCAAGAGAAGCUUCUGUAAUGUUACAUUUUCUUGCCUUGCUUUUAUGCAAUAUUUUGAAAUAUAUUGAGGGAGACUACUGGCAUGUAUACAUAUUUUACGUAAGUUUUAUCAGCAUAGUUACAUGAUCACAAAUCUAAAUUAUGCACAAUAAUCACUUUAAAGUUUUUUCCUUUUAAUUUUAGAAUAAACAUAUUUUGACAUCUUUCAGUGCUUUUACAGUAAUGUUUUUAAUUUACAGAUGAUCUAUAUGGAGAUGAAAUGUUUUAUUUAAUUCCAUAUCAGACUGAAUCUGUGUUGUUUUCAUUUAAAAUGCAUUUAGGAAGGUAUGUUUUUCAAUUCAGCAUGUUUCUACUGGCUCAGUUUCUGUAACAUUAAACCUUCUGGUCAAAACGUUUAGCUGAAGCCUUACAUACAUUAAAUACAGCAGCUUAUUACAAAACAAUUACCCCUGACACCCAACAAGACCCCAACACUAAUGACAAACAGCAGUAAAACUCUGACAAACUGAACACAUGAGAACAUAAAUAAAAAAUAAUCUGACAUUUAA